AUGGUGGCCGAGGGGACUCGCGCGAUGGCGGAGGAGAGAGACGCGGCCGGGUCUUUCUCCUCGGAGGACGAGAGGAGCGACGAGGCGCCCGAGGAGGUGGCCUUCGAGAGCGCGCGGGCGGCGGCCCAGGAGGCGCGGCGGGCGGCGGGAGAGCGCGCGCGCAGAGAAAAAUCUGCCUUGAAAGAGAAGAGGCGACAAAGGGAAGAACUAUUUAAAGAACAAAAGAAAAAAAAAUUACUUCCUGAGAAUGUACUAGAGGAGUUGGCAUCAUCAGCAGAGAACAGCAAUAACAAGCCAUCUGACACAACUGAACAAGAUCAGAAUACUGAAGAUGAGUCUGAAAGUGAGAGAGAAGAAAAUGUGAUGGAAGACAAUGAAGAAGAAACAUUGGCACUUAGGCUCCAGCAGAGCUACAUGGCAGUGCGGCUGAAAGAUCAGGAGUUAGCAAACCAGCAGCAGCAAGCAGCCAAGGACUUCAUACAAAGGCAGCUCUAUGGAGGCUUCAGCAACCGAACCACAGCAAACAAGUAUUUUUCUCUUGAAAACAAGAAGAGUACAGUUAAAAAACCUGCAAUCCAGUUUGUUGUUAAUUCUUGGGGUAAAAACAAAAAACAAAAAGCCAAGCAAUUUACAAAGCAUUGGAUCUCUUCAAAGAUGACACCUAAAACAUAAUUUGGCUGCAUUUUGACUGUCGGAAG